AUCCCGCCCGGCAGUCGGCGGGAAGAGAGCAGCGGCGGCCAUGAAGCGGCGGCGCGGGGCGGCCGCGGAGCUGAGCUGCCUGCAGGCCUGGGCCGCCGAGAGCCAGGCCCUGGCCGGGCGCUGGCGGGUGGCCCGGUGCUCGAGGCCGGGGCCCGGCAGAGCAGCGGAGCGGGAGGCGCGACAGCAGCGAGACGGCUUCGGGGAGCUGCUACGGAGGAUGUGGGGGCUGCCGGCUGCCCUCCCCACCCUGCCUCUGGAGCUUACCGUCCUCUACAACUCCCUGCUUUUUGCUGUGGGAGCAUCUGACUCUGCCAUUGAAGGAGAAGCAGAAGGAAUACGCCAGGGGCUCCUCAGAGUUCUGGAAGCCUGUGGGGCCUGCGGGCAGGAUCUUAGCACUGAGGAGCUGUGGCAGAAGGUGCUGCAGGAGGUAACUGCAAGAGAGCUGCAGGCACCUUUGCACCGACUAGGGGCCCUGCAAGCAGCGUGGUGGCUGGCAGCCAGCCGCCUGGGAAGCAUCGCUGGCCUCUUCAGGCUCCUGAGCAACGCUGAGGACCCAGGAAGAGCUUGCUGCAGAGAGGGGAAGAAUGAACUCCUCUCCCUGCUCAAGGCUUGGCGAGUACCUGCUGAGGAGGCCUCCCUGCCCCUUGUAGAGAGCACUGAGAACUUGAAAGAGAUCCUCUGCACUGCAGCAGCCUUCCUGCAAGGGCUGCAGGAACUGGAGGCUGGGAACUUUGCUACUGCCCUCUCCCUCUUUCGGGAGGCUGCUGGAGGAUUCUGCUCCAAGAGGGUCCUGGCCCAGAUCUACACCUGUCUUGGCUACUGUGCUCAGCAAAUGGGCAAGCCUCAGACAGCCCUUCAGCACCUGAAGCGGGCCCUCCAGGUAGACUUCCAGUGCCUUCCUGCCCUGUUCCAUGCAGCAGCAGUGUACCGUGAGCUGGGGGAGACCAACGCAGAGCUGGAGGCUCUGGCUCUGCUCUACGAGGCUCUGGGAAAAAAACUUCCGGCAGCUGCUUCCUCUAGUCCAUAUUUCCUAAUCCAAACAGAGCUUCUUGUUGACACACCAAUACUAGCUUCUCUCCUUCGCCGUCGCCACCCCUCUGAAGUGAAGUACCUGCUGGCACAGCGGUGUCUCCAGGACGGGAGGGUGGCUGAUGCAGUAGAACAUUACUUAGAUUUUCUGGCUCUGCUUCAGGAGGGGCUGCAGCAGCAGGUGCCCCUAGAUGAUAGCUCAGCUCUGCCCAGGAUCCCCGAGGUGAUCCUGGAAACAGCGUCUGCCUUGGAGCAGGCCGGGAGGCACCAGGAUGCCAUAACCAUGUGCGACGAGGUCAUCAGCCGGACAACUGACCUGAUUCCACGGAUGUUACGAGUGGAGCGCCCAUCGCCAGGGGCAGGGUUGGUGGGUGGACUCCUGUCCCAGAAGAAGGAGAGUCUGUACUACCUUGCCUGGAGAGCAGCUGGAUACCUGCACCAGGGCUGGGCAUGGGCCAAGCUGGGUGAGAGCAAGGAAGCCAUAACGAAAUUCAGCAGGUGCCUUGGCGAUCUCUUGCAACUCCAGCUUUAUGGGUCUGGAGUUGAACCAACAGAGAAUCUCCUGCCAGAUGUGGAGGUGCUUCAGAAGAUCAGGUUGCUCUCUCUCAUCGGGCGAGGUAUGCAGUUCCUGGACCUGGGAAGGCACAAGGAAGCCUUGUUGGAUUUCCAGUACAGUUUGCAGAUCUCGCCAGGUGACCCAGCUGCUGCCUCCUACCUGGUGCUGGCCUUGUGGAAACUGAAUCGAAAGCAGGAGGCGGCUGCUUACUGGCAGAAGUUCUCCAAACCCCCCCCUGGGGAGGAUGGGCAGCAGGAAGGGCAGGGAAGGUCCUUCCCUUUGUACCUGGUUUCGUGUCUGAAGCAGGCGAUGUUCCCCCACAGUGAAUCUCUUGCCAGAACCAUACAGGAUUACCUUGCGACGACAAGGUGGGACCCCUCAAGCUAACCCAGUCAGUCUCCCCGCACCGGGCUGGCAUGAAGCCUUUAAGGACCCCAUCCAAGACUCAGAAUUGCUCUUGCAUAAAGCUGGAUUCCCAAACGACUGAAACAGAAUAGAUCUCCUUUUCUAAUAAAAGCCUCAGCUCUAAAUA